CUACCGCCCCGUUCCCGCCCUUAAUGGCGGCCGCGCCGCGCAUGCGCGAGAAGCCCUGUGUGGAGCGGGGCAUGGCGGCGCGGCGGGGCGAGGAGGAGGAGGAGAAGAAGGAGGAAGAGGAAGGCGAUGGGGACAACGCCGGGCUGUGCCCCAGGGACCAGCUGAGCCGCAGGAUUAAAGAGCAGAAAGUUAUAAUUGAUGAGCUUUCUAAUUUGAAGAAGAACAGGAAAGUUUAUAAGCAGCAACCCAACAGCAACAUAUUCUUCCUUGCAGACCGAACAGAAACACUGUCUCAAUGCAAAAUUGUAUUAGAUGAAUUAAAGAAGGCACAUCAGGAGAUGGAAAAUUCAGAGAAGACUAAAAUCAAGAAGUAGCCGGUCUGAAUUUGGUCGCGAUGUGUGGUAUUUGUUGUGUUGUUACCUUGCCUAGCCAGCACACUGUUC